AUGAUAUAAUAGAAUUAAUAUUUUGAUGAUCUAAAAGAUCUUCUAAACUCUAAUUUAUCCUGUCAUACUUGUCUUCAUAUCAGCUUAGGUAAUAAGAACAUCUAAGUAUCAGAUUUAGCUUCAGAAUUAACAAAGUGCUCUUAGAUUACAAAUCUCAUUCUAGAUUUAAGGUAUAACAAUAUUAGCGAGUAAGGUGCCUCGUAGUUAGGCUAUGUAUUUUAAAAUUUCUCUCAUCUAUAGAACUUAACACUAGAUUUAAGGUAUUGUAAUAUUCGCAAUAAAGGAUUGAUAAAUUUGGUUUCUGGAUUAACCAAAUGCACUAAUCUUUGUGAGUUAAACUUAAACUUAAGAUAUAAUCAUAUUGGAGUUGACGGAUUAUCUGCUUUGGGUACAGGAUUAACAAAAUUCGCUAAUAUUUAGAAUUUGACACUUAAUUUAGAGUAAAAUAACAUUAACCAUUAGGGAGCUUCUUAUUUGUUUGUUGGAUUAGCUAAAUGUGCUUCUCUAUCUUCUUUGAAUCUCUAAUUUGUGAAUAACAAAAUUGGUAAUUAAGGAGCUUUGCUAUUGGGUUUUGGACUAGUAAAAUGCAUAAAUCUUUAAGUUUUGGUCUUGAAUUUAUCUUAUAAUCAAAUUGGUGAUCAAUGUAUUUUAGAUUUGGGUAAUAGUUUGGCUAAUUGUCUAAGUCUUUUAACUUUAGAACUCGAGUUAGAUUACAAUAUUAUUGGCACUAAGGGAAUGUCAGGUUUGUUUUCUAGUUUAGGAAACACUAAUAUUACCACCUUAACACUUAAUUUAAUGCAUAAUUAAAUUAUCGAAAAAAAUAUACCUUAGUUUAGUGUUAACAAUCAAGUAGAAGCUUUUAUAUAGAAUUUAAGGGAUAAUAUAAAUAUACAAUUAUUUAGUUCAUGUACUCAAAUAGAAACUUUUUCUUUAAAUUUAAGUAACAAUAAAAUUGGUGAUUAAGGAGCAUAAUAAUUGGGCUCAGCAUUGACUAAAUGCACAAAUCUUUCAACUUUUAUAUUAGACUUAUAUAACAAUAAAAUUGAUGAUAGAAUAGAAUAGAAAUACUCGCACAUAUAAAUGCACUCAGAAUACAUCUUAAAUUAAAUUUUUCUUUUUAUGAUAAUAUAAAUUUUAUUUAUUUUAUUAAAUAUUAAAAAUUAAAAAUUAUUAUUUUUAUAUAUAUGUGAUAUCAAGAAUAUGCCCCAGAUGCCGGCUGACCGGCAGACCGGCAAAUCAGCGGAUCAGCAAAUAUUUUAUUUAGUUAAUUAUUAAAAAAAAAUACCACCCAGACAAAGAAUAUUCUUUUAAGUUAAACAAUAAUUAGAAAACUUAAAACUAAGCUUUUUAAAAUUAUAAGAUUUAUUUCAUACUAAAUAGAAGAAGAUGCUUAUGAAUCAGACAGCGAUGUUGAUGGUGAUUUUUGAUAUAUUUAUUGAUCACUAUGUAUUCUUAUAAAUAAAAAUUUUUUAUCUUUUAAUUUGCUUAGUGAAAAUGAAUAUUUUUUUCAAAUAUUAAAAAACAAAUAAUAUUUAAGUUCUAAACACAUUAAAAUUUUAAAAUAAAUGA